AUGACAGAACCUCUCUCCAAGGUCGAUUCAGCCGUCCAGGGCCUCUCAAGCUCACCUCCCGCCAAGGAUGACAAGAAGACGCGGCGACAAAGCUCAGCAGCAGCACCUGGCGUUUACAACGUCAAUGACCUUGAGGCCGAGGGCAUUGACCUCGAGCUCGCACCCGAGACUCAGAAGACUGGAUGGAAGAUCAACACCAGCCCCAAUACAGUAGAAGACCCUGCCAUCCUUAAGCUUCACCUGUCAAAACCGCCCGUCAAGAGAAUCGACCUUCACUUCCCACUAGGAAAGGAGGUAACAGCACGAAACCUCAAGGGUGUAACAAUCAAGGAUGCACUAGACGCUAUCCACAAGGCAUAUAAGAAGCGGGCCGACGAUGAGCUCGACAAGCCCUACCUCGCUGGUUUCGAGUGGGACAAGGAAGAGUCAUGGACCCGACUUGUUGUUCACCUUCAGGCUCAGCCCACAAGCACAACGUUGGGCGGUCCUGCCGGCGGUGGCAAGAAGAAGAAGAACAAGAAGCAAGACGAGUAA